AUGUCUGGAGCUGAAGCUGCGGCCGGCGUAGCGGGAUUAGUGCUUGCGUUGCCAGGAGUCAUCGACCUGUGCAUCAAAUAUGGCAAUUUCUUGAAGGAGAAAAUCGAGUCGUACAGGAAGUUCGACGAGGUUGUCAAGCUUGAGCACUUCGUCACUGAAUUGGUCAGCGGCGAGCUCAACAUUCUGUUGGGCUUCUUCCAUUCGAUCCAUGACCAGAUGACGGAGACGAUCAAGAAUGGAGUCUAUCAGCUUUUUCAAGUCCUCCGGACAGCGCUGGAAAAUGCGAUCAACCAGUUUCCGAAAGGCAGACCGACCGUGGGGACGAAACUGGCAUUCUCUCUCAGCGGCAGGAAGCGGAUCAGCGAGGCAGUUGAGGAGCUCGAAACAUGGCAUGGACGACUCGUCACCCGUGCUAUGGUAGUCUUGUUCUUCGGCGGCAGCAUUGCGGCGGGUCAGAAGCAGAUCACUAGCAACCCAGCCAUAGCUAGGAUUGUCCGAAUCCGUGGUGCAUUCAAAGACGACCAACGACGUGCAACACUUCGACUGCGAACACCAGAUGCCAAGGAUAUCACUUCCAAAGUUGAUCAAUCCGAGAUCUGGGAUCUGGCGCAAACCAGGACCUUGAUCGAGUAUCGGAAGUAUGACCCAGUGACGACUUCGAAGCAGACCGCAGAGCUAGAAGUCAAUGUUCGAGACCUCUCUGCCAGGCUGAAUCAUGUGAUCGCUUCAGAAUCCGGGCUCCUACACUGUACUGGGUUCUCUGAAGACCAAGCUGGGCACAGUUUUUUGAUGCACUUCGCAUACCCAGAGCGAAAGGCCAACCCUCGGUCGCUUCAAAGUCUUCUGACAGAUCCGACAAACAUCUCUGUCGGUAUCAAACACUCUCAGACCGACCGCAUCGUGCUCGCUCGUCGCCUGACGUCUGCAGUGCUGUACUUGCACUCCGCAAACUUCGUCCACAAGAACAUCCGUCCUUCGAACAUCCUGAUAUUCGAUGAGGUCCCCCAGGAUGGUGACCAGCCCUCAACAUACCCCAACGUCGUAGGCGAUCCAUACCUCGUCGGCUUCGACGAUGUCCGCAAAGCAGAUGCGAAGUCUAACAUGGUUCGUGUAGAUGAAUGGCAGAAGAACAUCUACCUUCACCCGGAUCGGCACAGGAUGAGCGCGGGCGACGAGUUCACCAUGCGCCACGACCUGUACAGUGUGGGCGUUGUACUUCUGGAGAUCGCACUCUGGGGCAGUUUCACAGAUCGUAGUAGUCGCGGGAUUGGCAGGCAGCUGCUGGAGAGCGGAGGAGCUCUGAGGAGUCCAGAGGCCCUCAAGCAGAGGUAUAUCCGUUUGGCCAGGACCCUGGUCCCGAGAAGCCUCGGAAACCUUUACAGUGAGGUCACUGUCGCAUGUCUGGAAGGACUAAAGGACGAGGAGCAAGGAGGACUGCUGGACGACCAAGAUGGAAUUGUUGUUGGAGAAGCGUACAUCUCCCAGAUUAUGACCAAGUUAGAUGAGAUUCGUCUAUGA